CACGCCCACUUUAUUGAGCCCUACACUACCCUGCAGUCUUCUCGUCCCACUUACCAGUUUUACCCCGGUCAACUACAAUUAAAUACCCUACUUUUGGCCCUUCACCCGGACUUUUUAAACUCAAAGUCCCUCAUUUAGCCUCUUUCGAACGCGCGCGUCGUCGAGUGGAGAAGCCAACCAUGGUUUUGAAGUCGGAAGACGGUGUCGUGCCCGAUGACCUCAGCCCAGAAGAGAGACAGGAGCUGGAGAGCAUCCGCCGCAGAAAAGAAGAACUACUGCAGGACAUACAAAGGCUGAAGGAUGAGAUAGCUGAGGUGACAAAUGAGAUUGAAAACCUGGGCCUGAGUGAAGAAAGGAAAACCAUGCAGAGGAACAAACAGAUGGCCAUGGGUCGAAAGAAGUUCAAUAUGGACCCCAAAAAGGGGAUCCAAUUCCUGAUUGACAGCUCUCUGCUUAAAAACACCAGCGAAGACAUCGCACGGUUCCUCUACAAGGGCGAGGGCCUGAACAAGACGGCCAUCGGCGACUACCUGGGGGAGAGAGACGACUUCAACAUCGAGGUGCUGCACGCCUUCCUGCAGCUGCACGAGUUCACGGACUUGAACCUGGUCCAGGCUCUCCGGCAGUUCCUCUGGAGCUUCCGGCUGCCGGGCGAAGCGCAGAAGAUCGACCGCAUGAUGGAGGCGUUCGCCCAGCGAUACUGCCGCUGUAACCCCGGCGUGUUCCAGAGCACCGACACGUGUUACGUGCUCUCCUUCGCCGUCAUCAUGCUGAACACCAGCCUGCACAACCCAAACGUGAAGGACAAACCCUCCGUCCAGAGAUUUACAGCGAUGAACCGAGGGAUUAACGACGGAGGAGAUCUGCCAGAGGAGCUUCUGCGGAACCUGUUUGAAAGCAUCAAGAACGAACCCUUCAAGAUCCCCGAGGACGACGGCAACGACCUGACGCACACCUUCUUCAAUCCUGACCGGGAGGGCUGGCUGCUCAAACUGGGAGGUGGUCGAGUGAAGACCUGGAAGAGGCGCUGGUUUAUUCUCACAGAUAACUGCCUUUACUACUUUGAGUUCACAACCGACAAAGAACCCAGAGGGAUCAUCCCGCUGGAAAAUCUGAGCCUCAGAGAAGUGGAUGACUCAAAGAAACCGAACUGCUUCGAGCUCUUCAUCCCGGACCACAGAGAUCAGGUGAUCAAGGCCUGCAAGACGGAGGCGGACGGCCGCGUGGUGGAGGGCAACCACACUUUUUACAGAAUCUCCGCGCCCACCGUGGAGGAGAAGGAAGAGUGGAUGAGCAGCAUCAAAGCCGCCAUAAGCAAGGACCCCUUCUACGAGAUGUUGGCCGCCCGCAAGAAGAAGGUGUCGUCCGCCAUGAAGGGCGUGUAGCCGCAAACACGGACCUGAAGUCGAGGUUUAACAAACCACAAUCUAUUGCACCUUUAUGUGACGGCAGCACUUUUUAUUUCCCGGCUGCAGAAUUAUUAACUUGACAUGUUUGGUCUUGCUGAGAGACUCAGGCUUUGUUGCUCCUCCAGGCGAGAAGCGGACACUCACUAAGUAGAAGUUCAUCAACUGGAACAAUCUUUCAUUUCAGACUUUUGCGAAGCCUCCAAACUCGAGCGUCAUUCUCCACUUCUAAGAACACACUGGUGGGAAUGACGUUGAUAUUUAUUAUUUGUCCUUAUUUAUUGUUUUCUGUUUAUCUCAUUAAACGUUUACAACCAGUCAAAGAUCUUCCCUUGGCCCAGUGGCGUACCUUAGUUCUGGCAAGACCCGUUGGAACUCACUAACUUUACCUUGACUACACUAAAUAACCAUUUAGUUUGUCUUUUAACAUGUUUCACGCUACUAAUUUACACCAUCUAACCUGGGGUUUAUUUCAAGGCAUGGAAAAAGUGCUGCAAGGCAUGCUGGGAGCACUUUCCUAUCGGUACUAGUAUAGUAUCAUGGUACAAAUGAAUCAAAAACGGUACUAUACUCUGUUUGAAAAGUACCGGUUCGUCAUAUAUAUAUAUAUUUUUUUACGACGCGCCGUCGCAUUGCCGGUUUUACGAGCAGAGGAGCAUGUUCGGCAGUGCCCAAUCACAGAGUACUUCCAAGCAGACACAGUGUGUAGACAGAAAAGGGAGAAUGGAUGCAUUUUGGCUUAAAAACUAACAAAGGUGAAGUUAUAACACUGAAACGACCUCAGGAAGAGAUGCUUUAAGACAUGGCUAGCGGCUAACGUCCAUCCACAGUGUUGUAGCUACUUCUAAAUGACUAAUCCUCCUCCAUGGCGACAAAGUGAGUUUCUUACAAGUAUAUUAUCACUGCAGGACGAGGAAUAGCUAAACAUGCUUCACUACACACCGUAGCUCACCGGCGUCACAAUGUAAACAAACACCGUGGGUGGAUCUACACCUGACAUCCACUGUAAUGAUACCAAGUGCAGGAGCGUAUCUAGUCGAUACUACUAUGAUUACAUCAAUAUUUUUUAGCAUCAAAUUCAUAUUAUGUUUAUAAAGUCAGGAAAUACGUCCCUGGACACACGAGGACUUAAAUUACGACCAAAGUAUGACCCUGUAACUACUUGGUAUCGGAUCGAUACCGAAGUGUGUGGUAUCAUCCAAAACUAAUGUUAAGUAUCAAAACAACAGAAGAAUAAGUGAUUAUUACAUUUUAACAGAAGUGUAGUUAAAAUAGAUAUUAACAGAAAAUGAACAAGUGCAUUAAUAAUUUUUUACAGCUUGUCCCUCAAUGUGUACAAAAUAAUAGGUGUAUAAAUGACACAAUAUGUUACUGCAUAUGUCAGCAGACUAAUUAGGAGUCUUUGUUUGUUUACUUACUACUAAAAGACAUGUUGUCUAGUAUGUUCACUAUUUUAUUUAAGUACUAAACUACAAUAAUAAACAUAUGUUUAAUGUACUUUAAGAUUUUUUGUUAAAACAAAGCCAAUAAUUCAAUUUUUUGUGGUCCCCUUUAUUGAGAAAAGUAUUGAAAUACAUCUUGGUACCGGCACCAAAAUAUUAGUAUCAAGACAACACUAAUUUGGUUGUAGAGUGAAACAUGUACUGUAUACUAAAUGACAAAUCCGGGCCGUCCAAAAUAACGAGUUAACUCAUGAUUAAUCACAAAAAAAGUACCAUAUUAAUCAUGCAUAUAUGCAGAUUAAUCACAAUUUAUUCUGAGCACAUACCGUAUUUUUCGGACUAAAAGUCGCAGUUUUUUUUCAUAGUUUGGCCGGGGGGGUGCGACUUAUACUCGGGAGCGACUUAUGUGUGAAAUUAUUAACACGUUAAACGUAAAAUAUCAAAUAAUAUUAUUUAUCUCCUUCACGUAAGAGACUAGACGUAUAAGAUUUCAUGGGAUUUAGCGAUUAGGAGUGACAGAUUGUUUGGUAAACGUAUAGCAUGUUCUGUAUGUUAUAGUUCUUUGAAUGACUCUUACCAUAAAGGCCUACUGAAAGCCACUACUAGCGACCACGCAGUCUGAUAGUUUAUAUAUCAAUGAUGAAAUCUUAACAUUGCAACACAUGCCAAUACGGCCGGGUUAACUUAUAAAGUGACAUUUUAAACUUCCGCUUGAAAACGUCGUGGUAUGAUGACGUAUGCGCGUGACGUCACGAGGUCAAGGGAAGUGUUUGGACCCAAAUCAAAUACCUCUGUUUUCUUUGACAAACUUCCACAGUAUUCUGGACAUCUGUGUUGGUGAAUCUUUUGCAAUUUGUUUAAUGGACAAUGGAGGCUGCAAAUAAGAAAGUUGUAGGUGGGAUCGGUGUAUUAGCGGCUGGCUGCAGCAACACCAACACCAGGAGGUUGUGUUGUGUUUUGAGCAGGAUAGCAGACGCACUACGGUGAGUACAGAUUUUGGCUUCCAAACAUUUGAUCGCUUGCCCGUACGUGCGUGUCGAUAUGUGCAUGUCACCUACGUAACUUUGGGGAAAUAUAUGUUUCUUGCCGACUCUGAUGGCGGCCGGGGUGUCAUCAAAAGCGUACAACGCCCGCCGCCGCAUCUAAGUUAGCUUCUAUUUUUUUAGCUUCGCCAAGCUGAAAAUUAUUAACCGUGUAUUUACAUGUACAUGGUUUAAUAGUAUUGUUGAUCUUCUGUCUAUCCUUCCAGUCAGGGUUUUUUUUAAAUUUAGUUUCUAUCCGCAUUUGAGACUGAUGCUAUCACGUUAGCUCCGUAGCUAACUUAGCUUCGCCAAGCUGAAAAUUAUUAGCCGUGUAUUUACAUGUUCAUGGUUUAAUAGUAUUGUUGAUCUUCUGUCUAUCCUUCCAGUCAGGUUUUUUUUAAAUUUUGUUUCUAUCUGCAUUUGAGCCUGCUAUCACGUUAGCUCUGUAGCUAACUUAGCUUCUAUUUUUUUUUAGCUUCGCAAAGCUGAAAAUUAUUAAUCGUGUAUUUACAUGUUCAUGGUUUAAUAGUAUUGUUGAUCUUCUGUCUAUCCUUCCAGUCAGGGUUUUUUUUAAAUUUAGUUUCUAUCUGCAUUUGAGACUGAUGCUACCACGUUAGCUCCGUAGCUAACUUAGCUUCGCCAAGCUGAAAAUUAUUAAUCGUGUAUUUACAUGUUCAUGGUUUAAUAGUAUUGUUGAUCUUCUGUCUAUCCUUCCAGUCAGGGUUUUUUUUUAAUUUAGUUUCUAUCUGCAUUUGAGACUGAUGCUAUCACGUUAGCUCCGUAGCUAACUUAGCUUCUAUUUUUUUAGCUUCGCCAAGCUGAAAAUUAUUAGCCGUGUAUUUACAUGUUCAUGGUUUAAUAGUAUUGUUGAUAUUCUGUCUAUCCUUCCAGUCAGGGUUUUUUAAAAUUUAGUUUCUAUCUGCAUUUGAGCCUGCUAUCACGUUAGCUCUGUAGCUAAGUUAGCGUCUAUUUUUUUAGCUUCGCAAAGCUGAAAAUUAUUAACCGUGUAUUUACAUGUUCAGUCACUGUGAAUGUCCAUUUCGCGUUCUCGACUCUCAUUUUCCAGAGGAUAUAGUAUCUGAGGUGGUUUAAAAUACAAAUCCGUGAUCCACAAUAGAAAAAGGAGAGAGUGUGGAAUCCAAUGAGCCAGCUUGUACCUAAGUUACGGUCAGAGUGAAAAAAGAUACACCCCGCACUACACUGUAGUCCUUCACUCUCACGUUCCUCAUCCACGAAUCUUUCAUCUUCGCUCAAAUUAAUGGGGUAAUGGUCGCUUUCUCGGUCCGGAUGUCUCUCGCUCCAUUGUAAACAAAGCGGAAUUGUGAGGAAUACUUUGUCUUGUGACGUCACGCUACUUCCGGUAGGGGCAAGGGUUGUUUUUAUCAGAUACCAAAAGUUGCGAUCUUUAUCGUCGUUCUCUACUAAAUCCUUUCAGCAAAAAUAUGGCAAUAUCGCCAAAUGAUCAAGUAUGACACAUAGAAUGGAUCUGCUAUUCCCAUUUAAAUAAAAAAAUGUCAUUUCAGUAGGCCUUUAACAUACCAGGCACGUUCUCAGUUGGUUAUUUAUGCCUCAUAUAACGUACACUUAUUCCGCCUGUUGUUCACUAUUCUUUAUUUAUUUUAAAUUGCCUUUCAAAUGUCUAUUCUUGGCGUUGAGUUUUAUCAAAUAAAUUUCCCCCAAAAAAUGCGACUUAUGUUUUUUUUCCUUCUUUAUUAUGCAUUUUCGGCCGGAGCGACUUAUACUCCGAAAAAAUAAGGUAAAUGAAAAAUUGGGGCCGUCCAAAACAACGAGUUAACUCCUGAUUAAUCACAAAAAAGCAUCACAUUAAUCACAAUUUAUUCUGAGUGCAUACUGUACACUUUCAAGUACGACACUUUAGAUGACUCUUUCCAGGUUUUACGCAAAUAAAUGCGCAUUUAAAAAUGCUCCCGCGUCCAAAUAUUAGGCUCUUCUUUUUUUUAAUGUAAAUGUUUACUCUGCAAGCUCCUAUUAACGAGUGAUUAAAAAUUCUAAAUGUGAUUAAUCGAUUAAAAAGUCAUCAUUUGGCAGCAGUAGACAAAACAGUGUACUCACGUGUAGGAUUAAACACAUCAAUUCCAAUGGGGAGCAUGUCUCGCCAGAACACCGUCCACCCAGUCCAGAACCUUAGCGCCUUACAACCCCGCUAAUAAAGAUUGUGAACGUGUGAAUUGUUUGCAUGUCAUCAGUUUGUCUUCUAAAAAGGUCCGCUGUCCCCCUCUGGUUGGAGUGCAGAAGACAAGCUCGCCAGACGACUGGUACCUGUGGUGUGCCGCCACUCCUGCGCCAGGUGGACCUUCCUCUCUGGUUAGUUGUACACAAAAAGGUGUGCUUCACGUGUGACCAGGUAGAAAUGUAAAAAGACGUUUUAGGAUCCGGCUGAUCCUCGGCAAUAAAUAAGACUUGACCAAUCCCGUCAGUCACCGUGACCCGUUUUUGUUUGUGUCACUUCCUGGGAGGACAUAAGUUCCGUGCGGCAGCAUCCACGUCCUCCUUGCUUCCAGGACCAGAGGUUCUCACCUGCACACAAAUGGGAAAAAAGUGACGGAUCAGAGAAUGUCCUGAGGACGGCCCACAGCACAAUCUAAGACGCCGCCGCUCCCAGUCUGUGGAACGCUCUCCCUGACCACCUGAGGGCACCACAGACUGUGAAUGCUUUUAAAAAGCCUUUUUUUUUUUUAAAACCUUUUUUUUAUUUUUUUUUUAGAUACAUGGGU